AUGUUUAAUUUUCUUUUUGCAUCAUCCAAACAUGACCUCUCCGAUGAAUCCAUUAAACAUCUACUCAAAAUAACCCGAGAAUUUUUAAAUAAUACAUCUACAGAUCCAACGCUCAAGCUUGACUUGUUAAAAGAAAUUGUAAAUUCAUUGCAAUCCAUUCAACAGAUUAUUGAACGUCAAGCCUCCUCCGUUCAAUGCAAAACGAAAAUUUUCGGAAUUUUGGAAAUGGAUGCAGAUCUAAUCGAAGCUGAAAUUGCUUCAUUAAAGUAUUCAAAUCAUGCUUUGCAAAAAACGACAAUUAUGGAAAAGAUGGCACAACUUGGCGAAUUGUUUUUUCGGAUCAUUUGGAAGUACAGAGCAGAUUUGGUUGUACAAUGUUUGUCCGACAAUCCACUGACAUUGGAUGGUUUACUCAAACGCAGCGUUUUGAAAUCUGUACUUUCCAUAUCCUUUCAUGUAUUACUACAGGCUACCUCACAAAUGAUGACCAGAGGUUCAAACAAGGAGGAGCAAAUAUUGAAAACGCUGCAAGAACGUGCAAGAACAAUAAUUUUGGAUAUUGUCUUAUUUCAUGAAAGUUUGGAAUGGAUCAGUGGAACAACAACUUCAAACAACUUGAGAAUGGAGACUAAACUUGAAGAGCUCACAAAGAAAAAUACACAAGGACAACGAUACUCAUUGGAUUUAAUGGCACUAUGUAUGCAUCAUUGGAGACAACAAUGUAAAUCAUCGUGCAAUGUAUUUAUUUCUCACAGGUUUUUAUCCCUUCAUAUGGAAAAUAUUAUUUUAUUAUUUUCAAGAGUUGAAAGGAAGCAUUUCAGAGAUUCAGUACUUUUCAGCAUUUCGAGUCUGGGUAGUAUCAAUCUUAACAAGUUCCAAGUGGUACAGGAUACAAAUAUUCUUUUUAAAUGGGUUUGCACAUGUUCGUUAAUAUGUUGCUUUAAGAACAAUGUAUCCAUCUCGAUGGAUUUUUGUAAUGUUUUAAUUUCCAAAUUUACUGACACGGAACCCCUACAGGAGAGUUCAAUUUUGUUGGAAUAUAUUGUGUCACGCAUUGAAAAACUAUAUGAAAUAAUUAUUCCUACACAAGACUAUAAUAAUUCCAAGCUAACAUACAUUGACAACCUAUUAAUUUUACAACAUUAUCCCUUUGACUUGUUAAUAACCAUCGAAAAAGGUAAUUCUUUCGAGAUUAUUUUAGGAAUUGACCUGAUUGUCAAAACAUUGCUGUUGAAUGAGUUAAACCUUAAGGACAACCAAUGGGUUUCCAGAGCAAUGCAGUUUAUUACACAAUUUAACUUGCAAGAAGCAGUUGUUGAGAUUCUAACACGUUGCAUGAUAGAAAUAGGCCAUGAAAUUCCUCCGAAAACGUCACUGCGUUCCUUUCGAGCGUACUAUUCAAUCAUUUUACACUGUUCAGAGAUGGAAAUUGAUAAAUUCCAGGUCAUUGUUCCAAAGCUCCUGGAAACCAUAGACACUAUGAUUCAUGAAGGAAAAACCAUUAACAGAACAGCAUGUGACCGAUUACAAAAUGUGUCAGAUUUUUCAUUACUUGUCAAAUCAUGCCUUGACAUGUUUUGCAACUGUAUGAAUGACAUUUAUCCUGCUCGUUCUAGAAUUUUACUGUCCAUCAUGAGUUACUCGCUGGCCCAAUACAUGACACCGUUCCAGUUCCAGCGAGAUGGCUCUGAAAUUAUUUACAAACAAUUACUGCUCUUAAGCCAGUUUGGUCAUGUAUUGUUCCCACCAAGCAUUUUUCUCCAGCAUAAUACCACCUAUCCAUCAUUGAUGUUAUUGCAUAGGUUUUUCAACUUUCUCAUUCUGAGACAACCAUUCACCCGAGAGGCCAUGAAUGUUGAUUUCUUUCGACUGUGUUCAGAAUUUGGAUUUCAGGAGAUGGUAGACAGCUUUUUGAAACAAUUGGCGUUUAUUGACAAUAUUCAAAAUGGAAGGAAUUUUGAUUGGCCCAUGAAAAAAGUCAAUGGUUGGAAUGAAGUGUUGUAUGCGAAUGUGAUUCGAAAGUUUAAGGAUCAACUUGUGAAAGCCCAAGCUUUACAUCUACUUGUGGAUGUAGAAAUUCUUUUUACUGAUUCAUUUGUCCAUGAAAUCGAAUGA